AUGCCGACGGGGAAUGAUGAUGCAGCCGGUGACACCCAGGGGACCAGAAACCACCUAGUCUUCUUCGUGAAUGGAGCUAAGCAGGUGGUCAAAGAUGCCCAGCCUCAGACAACACUGCUGCAACAUCUCCGGGCGGCCGGCCUGACCGGGACCAAGCUUGGAUGUGGGGAGGGUGGGUGCGGGGCAUGCACGGUGAUGGUGUCUUCCUUCGACUCGGACAAGAAGCAGAUCAAGCACGCCGCAGUCAAUGCCUGCCUGGCGCCCGUGUGCUCUGUGGACUGGUGCCAUGUGACCACGGUGGAGGGCGUGGGCACGAUGCGUCAAGGGCUGCACCCGGUCCAGAAGCGGAUCGCCGAGAUGCACGGCAGCCAGUGUGGCUUCUGUACCCCAGGGAUCGUCAUGGCGCUGUACGCCCUCCUUCGCUCCAACCCUUCGGCCACCCCUGCGGAGAUCGAGGAUGGAUUGGACGGUAAUCUCUGCCGUUGCACAGGCUAUCGGCCUAUUUUGGACGCCGCCAAAAGCCUCGGCGUGGACGGCGGAAGGCGUGCCGGGUGCUGCCGUGGGGAUAGCGGCGGGUGCCCUUGCUUGGAGUCCAAGGCAGAGACCGCGAGCGCGUCCGAGGACGACAACGACAAUGAUACCACUACUGUCGUCGACGACCAAGACAAGGACCAAGUGCUCUCGGAGACGUCCUCCAUUCUGUCCACCGCUGCCACCGACGGAUCGGCGGUCCCUCCCAGCGGCCCUCUUUCUGUUUCCGCAUCUGGUGACGACGAAACCGCCGAAAAUGAGAUCGCUAAAGUGGUCGGCGGUGGCCGCGGCGGCGGCAGCCGUUGCUCCGAAAAGAGGGAAUGCACUACCAGCAGGGCGAGAGACUCGAGGUACAGCACGAGGUACACGGAUGUAAGCGAGCCGAUAUUCCCGGCGGAGCUGAUGCUCAGGACACCGUCUGCCGUGUCCAUCGUGGGAGACAGUGUCACGUGGCACUGUCCGACGUCCCUUUCAGAGCUGCUUCGGCUCAAGGCGGCGAACCCCAAGGCCAGGAUCGUUGCUGGGAACACGGAGGUUGGCAUCGAGGUGAAGUUCAAAGGCAUGCACUACCCGGUGCUUAUCUCCCCCGCCCGCGUGCCCGAGCUACACGCCAUCACGAGAGGGAGUGCAGAUGACGGAGGCGUCUCUAUCGGCGGGGCCGCCUCCCUGUCUUCCGUGGAGCACGCUCUCGCCGUGAUUGACGGUAGGAAGAGGGGAGCAGGAGGCGGGAACGGAGGGGCAGCCGGCGCGUGCGUGGACAUGUUGAGGUGGUUUGCUUCGACGCAGAUCAGGAACGUGGCUUGUCUGGCGGGAAAUCUGGCGACCGCCAGCCCAAUCUCGGACAUGAACCCGCUCCUAGCCGCGUGCGGUGCGGACGUCGUCCUGAACUCGAUAAGGGGCGGGGAGCGCCGCAUCAAGGUCCGCGAUUUCUUUCUUGGGUACCGCAAGGUUGCGAUGGAGGAAGACGAAGUGAUUGUGGCUGUGUUUCUCCCCAACGCCGCUUCGAAGAAAGAGGAUGGUGGCCAAUCGUCCCCCCCGUCGACGUUCGAGUUCAUUCGACCAUUCAAACAGGCUCGUAGGCGAGAGGACGACAUUUCCAUCGUUACCGGCGGCAUACGUCUGGUCCUAGAGCCACGAGGAGGCAAGUGGGUCGUGAAGGAGGCGUCCAUGUGCUUCGGGGGGAUGGCACCGACGACCGUUGGUGCCCCCCUCACCGAGGUGUACCUUGUGGGCAAGGAGUGGUCGGCGGAGACCAUGGGUGGGGCGUACGAGCUGCUAGCGCAGGACAUGCCCCUUUCCUCCAGCGUACCAGGUGGACAGUGCGAGUACCGACGGGCCUUACCGCCGUCCUUCCUGUUCAAGUUCUUCAUCGAGGUGUCCCUUCGGCUUGAGGCAUUAUCGGUGGAAUCCGACGGACAGCUUCCCCCCCCGCCGGUCAUUGGAGACGCCGAUAGGUCUGCGGCAACGAACUUCGUCACCGCGCCAAAGCCCCCGAGCAGGGGAGAGCAGGAGUACACACCUCGGACGGGAGGAAUGCAGAAGGCACGCCCACAGCCUCACACACCUGUUGUCCGCGACGAAGAAGCCACGGGCAGGACCGAAAACACCAAAACGAAGAAGGCCGCACUGGAAGGGGGUGUUGGAGACCCCGUCCCACACAAAUCAGCGGAUCUUCAGGUGACGGGAGAGGCUGUCUACACGGACGACAUGCCGUCCCCCGUGGGCACCCUCUUCGUCGGCCUGGUUCUCUCCACGAAACCCCACGCCAAGCUACUGGAGGUAGACGCCUCCCCGGCCCUGGAGGUGGAAGGCGUUUUGCGGUUCGUGGGUGCCGGGGACGUUACCCCGGAGCGGAACGGCAUCGGUGCCGUGGUGGUGGACGAAGAAGUGUUCGCUGUUGACGAGGUUCACUGCUUGGGGCAGGUGAUCGGAGCCGUGUUAGCGGAGAGUGCUGCAAUCGCGGAAAGUGCGGCGAAACUCGUGAUGGUUCGGUACGAGGAGCUUCCGUCCAUAAUGACUAUUGAGGAUGCCAUCGCCGCCGAUAGCUACUACGGCGAUAGGCACGCCAUUGUGGACGGUGACGUCGACAGCGCCUUGAAGGACGCCGAUGUUGUUGUCGAAGGCGAGAUGGCGAUCGGUGGGCAAGAGCACUUCUACCUGGAGACGAACGCCACCUUGGCGGUGCCCGGGGAGGCGGGGUCUUUGGAAGUCUUCGCGUCCACACAGAACCCCACCAAGACGCAGGAUUUCUGCUCCAAAGUGUGUGGUAUCGACAAGAACAAGGUUGUCUGCCGGACCAAGAGAAUGGGGGGAGGGUUUGGCGGCAAGGAGACUCGUUCCGUGUUCCUGUCGUGUGUGGCUGCUCUCGGUGCUCACUUGACAAAACGGCCCGUGAGGAUCUGUCUUGACAGGGACGUGGACAUGCAGAUCACCGGACACCGACACGCCUACCUCGCCAAAUACAAGGCCGGCGCUACAAAGGAUGGCAAACUAGUCGGCAUGGACGUAACGCUGUACAACAACGCUGGCUGCAGCCUGGAUCUGUCCGCUUCUGUCAUGGACAGGGCGCUCUUCCAUAUCGACAACUGCUACAGCUGGCCGGCUCUUCGCGCGAAGGGGUUGGUCUGCAAGACAAACCAGGCCUCUCACACGGCCUUCCGGGGCUUCGGAGGACCGCAGGGCAUGCUUGUCACCGAGACGGUGAUGGACCACCUGGCCUCUUCCUUGGAAAUGGACUCGUUUGUAUUGCGCACGCUCAACUUGUACAAGCCGGAAGAGCCAACGCACUUCGGGCAGCCCCUGGAGGCCUGGAACGUUCCCGCCGCUUGGAAAGACGUGCAACAGUGGGCCGACAUCGAGCGCCGCCGGAAGGAGGUGGACGCGUUCAACUCCUCCAGCCGGUACAGGAAGAGAGGGCUCGCCGUUGUUCCGACAAAGUUCGGGAUCUGCUUUACGGCGGGUUUUAUGAACCAGGGCGGAGCGCUCGUGCACGUGUACUUAGACGGGACGGUGCUGGUUAGUCACGGUGGGACGGAGAUGGGACAAGGACUCCACACGAAGGUCUGCCAAGUCGUGGCCAACGAGUUCAACAUCGACGUGGAGAAGGUACACAUAUCAGAAACGGCAACCGACAGAGUUGCCAACACGUCCCCUACCGCGGCAUCCAUGUCGACGGAUCUGUACGGCAUGGCCGCCCUCGACGCGUGCGAGCAGAUCACGGAAAGGCUCAGGCCCGUCAUGGCAGAACUACCGGAAAACUCUCCCUUCGCAACCAUCGUCAAGGCGGCGUAUUUCCGGCGGAUCCAACUUUCGGCCCAAGGGUUCUACACUGUUCCCGCCGCGCGAUGUGGGUACGAUUUCGACAUGGAGACCACCAACAACAGGGACAGAGGGCUCCCUUUCAACUACUUCACUCAGGGUGUUGCGGCCAGCGAGGUGGAGAUUGACUGUCUCACCGGAGACGCCAAAGUGAUCAGGGCUGACAUCCUCAUGGACAUCGGGACUAGCGUCAACCCGGCUAUCGACAUCGGUCAGAUCGAGGGAGCUUUCAUUCAGGGCUAUGGCUGGUGUACGAUGGAAGAAACAAGCUGGGGAGACUCGGAGCAUCUCUGGGUAAAACCCGGGCAGCUCUUCACCAAGGGCCCUGGCACGUACAAAAUCCCGUCUUUCAACGAUGUGCCCUCGGACAUGAGGGUCAAGCUCAUGGACAGGGCGAACGCCUUCGCAGUCCACUCCUCGAAGGCUGUGGGGGAGCCCCCGUUCUUCCUCGCAUCCUCGGCGUUCUUGGCCAUCAAGGAUGCUGUGGCGUCAGCGAGAAAGGACCACAACAAAGGCAAAGCAUCCUUUUUCCGACUCAACAGCCCAGCCUCUUCUGAAAGGAUCCGCACGGCUUGCCUCGAUGGCAUCAUGGAGCGCUCCGCUGCCGCAGAAGACGGCGAAGGUCCUGCCCACAUUAGUGACUACCAGGCGAAGGGCUCGUGGUAAAAGGUGUUGCUUUCUCUUUCCUCAGGAUGCUGCUCCUCUGCCUAUUUCACUCUGUACGGAGAGGCUUGAUUCACUACAUAUGAGCUGACGGUGAUGCUUCAGACAUCGAAUGGGGACUCGUGUUCACGUUGAGUUGUUUAGGUGUUGAAAAUGUCGGCUACAUGGUAUGAACAUUGGGCAAGCCUUGUUAAAAUAUAGCGCAGUAUGCUAUGGAUACUAGUUGCUGCUUUCCGUUGCUGUAUGCAAUGAUGAAUGGUUUGGUACUGUGUGUUUGUUCGUAUUUCGUAUGCGGAAAGUUUUAUCCGCUCAAGUCAACAAUCACAGGAGGAAUAUUGUAAGAAAGUUUUGAGUUCAUGGACCGGUUCUCCGGAACAUUCCCAGGAACAGCCUAUUGUCUUUUAGGUAGAACGGUUCAUGAAACGACUCCAGGACCGUU